AAAUCCCGAAAAGCGUAACAUAGCGCAAUAAUAGGUAAAAUAAAAGGACUGUAAAGUACUUCAAAUCGUAUGUCAACUUUAACCUAGUUGGCUACUUGUUACCGUUACAAUGCACUGAGCCCCGGUGGGAAGUUAGCAUGCUAACUGUUAGCAACCUCGACGUCAACAGCUACACCGCUCUGAAACCCGUGAAGAAGAUAGGGCGAGCCUGGCAAUGGCGGAAGCAGAGCAGCAGUCAGGAUCUUCUCCUGAAGAUGAAGCACCCCAGGUUGCAUCCGAUGCAACCUUCAUGAUACCCAAGAAAGAAAUCAGCAUGGUGCCUGAUAUGGGCAAGUGGAAACGUUCUCAAGCAUAUGCUGACUACAUAGGUUUCAUUCUGACACUCAAUGAAGCGGUCAAGGGCAAGAAACUAUCAUGUGAAUAUCAAGUUUCUGAGUCAGUAGAAAAGUUACUUGAUCUUUUGGGAACCCUGGAUCGAUGGAUAGAUGAAACACCUCCUGUUGACCAGCCCUCCCGUUUUGGAAAUAAAGCCUUUAGAACGUGGUUUGCCAAACUAGACCAGGAAGCAGAGGCAUUGGUGUCUUUAGUACUUCCUGCUGAUAAACAAGCAGCUGCCCCAGAAAUUGCAGUCUAUCUGAAAGAGUCAGUGGGAAAUCCAACCAGGAUAGACUAUGGUACAGGCCACGAGGCAGCUUUUGCAGCCUUUCUCUGUUGUCUUUGUAAAGUUGGGGCUCUGUUGGUUGAGGAUCAGCUGGCUAUUGUUUUUACGGUUUUUAAAAGGUAUCUCUCUGUGAUGCGAAAGCUCCAGAAAACGUACAGAAUGGAACCAGCUGGCAGUCAGGGUGUGUGGGGACUGGACGACUUUCAGUUUCUUCCUUUCAUUUGGGGCAGCUCCCAAUUUUUAGAUCAUCCGACUCUGGAACCUCGGCACUUUGUGGAUGAGAGGGUUGUCAACGAGCAUCACCAGGACUACAUGUUUUUAGAGUGCAUCAAGUUCAUAAAUGAGAUGAAGACUGGCCCAUUCGGUGAACACUCCAACCAGCUGUGGAACAUCAGUGCUGUUCCCUCUUGGUCCAAAGUCAACCAGGGUCUGAUCAGAAUGUACAAAGCUGAGUGUCUGGAGAAAUUUCCUGUGAUCCAGCACUUCAAAUUUGGGAGCCUGCUGUCCAUCCACCCAGUUAAUCCUUGACCAUCGAAGUGGAUUACAAGCAGCGUGAUGGAAAGACCAAAUUCCCUACCACUUCUCCUUCCUCUGACAUCCUCACAUGCAGUAGCCGACACCACACACGCAGACGUGCGCCCCUACAAGCUCCGAUUCAUGCACAGCUUCUUGAAGAGCAUGUUGUGGAGGAUCUUCGUGAUCCGAGAGCAUCUCUAUAUUUUUGUCAGUUUAUUUAUAUAAUGGAGAGUUUGGAUUAAUCUCUAAGAUAUAAAAUAUUAUUUUGUAGAAAAAGACUCGUGAUUGAUCAAAAGCAGAAGCUGAACUGGUUUCACUGAGAUGGAUGGAAUUCCACAGAAUAUUUUGUCAGUUUCCUCCCAUACUGAGUGAUUUUCGUCUGUUUGGCUGUCUAACGUCUUCCACACACAUUAAGACAAACAGAUCAAAAUCUGAUUCAUGUGGAAUCACUAGCUUUGUUUGUCCUCGUUUUAUCCCGUCGACAGUCAAGGAGGAAAUAUUUAUUUCACCAUUUUGUGCUCAACAUUGUAAAUUGACAAAGUAUACCUGAAUAAAUUCUUGUGGUUGUUCCGUGCAA